AUGCUGGAAUACAUGGAAGGUGGCGCCCAAACCGACGGCACAAUCACCAUCAAUGGGAAGGAGCUGAAGAAAGUGGAGCAGUUCAAGUACCUCGGCUCCACCCUCUCGGCUAAUGGUGAUAGCCUUCCAGACACCAGAGCAGGAGUCAACACUGCCUGGAUGAAGUGGCGCCAGGUCACUGGUGUCCUCUGUGAUCGACGCAUGCCCAGCCACCUCAAGGCAAAGGUUUACAAGACGGUACUUCGCCCAGUCGCCCUCUAUGGAGCAGAAUGCUGGCCUGCAACCACCAAACACGAACAGGCCCUCCACACGAUGGAGAUGCGUAUGCUCAGAUGGACAUUGGGACUGACCCGACUGGACCACGUUAUGAAUAUCAGGAAGAUCAUGGGAGUAGCACCAAUCACGGAGAAGAUGCGAGAAGCCCGCCUCCGAUGGUAUGGCCAUGUGAUCCGCAGUGAGGAAGAGUCAGUGGCGAGAAGAGCACUGCGGCUCAGCCCUGAGGGGAAAAGCGAAAGACGUGGAAGACCGAAAAAGAGGUGGAUGGACCGAAUCAAGGAAGACAUGAAAUACAUCGAUGUCGCCCCCGAGGAUGCCUUGGACCGGAGAAAGUGGAGAAAGGCUUGCCGACAAGCGGGACAUACGCUAGGAAGAAGAUAA